GUGAGGAACCACACGUGAGAAGCGUGGAAAAAUAUCGUUCAACAUGGAUUUCGAAGUGCAAGCUGAAUCGGAGAAUAAAACCAAGAAACAGAAGAAAAAGUCUAAAAAUCAAAAGAAACAGAAAAUAGUACACGAGGAGGCUGCUGAAAAUUCCGUUGGCAAAGAGUCUGAAAAUGUUGAUACUCCACCAGAAACGGCGUUCCCUCCGACAUUUAGCGUGUCAGAAAUAAAAAACAAACAACGCAGACACUUUAUGUUCAUGAAAUUCAAACAGGAGAAACGAAAGGAAAAGUUGGCAUUGAAGAAGAAAAGGAAAAAGGAGAGGGAAGCCCUUGGUGACGCAGCACCUCCAAAGCCAGUCCCUAAAACAAUAGAAAAUCAGAGGAUUUAUGAUGAAACCACAGUGGAUCCAGAAGAUGAAGAGGUAGCAUUUGAUGAAGGAACAGAUGAGUUUUCAGCUUACUUUAACCGACUGACAAAUCCAAAAGUGCUCAUCACUACUUCAGACAGACCUAGAGGGAGAACAGUGAGAUUCUGUGAACAGCUUGCUACUGUUAUACCAGAUUCACAUGUGUACUACCGAAGGGGUUUGGCUUUGAAGAGGAUCAUUCCUCAGUGUAUAGCCAGAGGGUUCACAUACCUCAUGGUAAUAAACGAAGAUCGCAAGGUACCCAAUGGCCUAGUACUUUGUCAUCUUCCGGAUGGACCCACUGCACACUUCAAAGUGAGCAGUGUUAGACUCCGCAAGGAAAUGAAGAGACGAGGCAAAGACCCAACAGACCACUCACCAGAAGUGAUACUGAACAACUUCACCACACGGCUGGGUCACAGCAUUGGACGCUUGUUUGCUGCUCUUUUCCCCCAUGAUCCACAGUUUGUUGGUCGGCAGGUUGCUACCUUCCAUAACCAACGAGACUUCAUCUUUUUCAGAUUUCACAGGUACAUCUUCAAGAAUGAAAAGAGAGUGGGUAUUCAAGAGCUAGGACCACGCUUCACCCUGAAACUCCGCUCUCUCCAAAAAGGAACAUUUGAUUCCAAGUUUGGAGAGUAUGAAUGGGUUCACAAGCGUCAUGAGAUGGACUCCAGCAGAAGAAAAUUCCAUCUUUGAAUGGAAAAACGUGGCUCUUGCCAUUCAUUCAACUGCAUUCAUGUUAAACAGUGGUGGUUUGGGAGUGUCACUGAAAUGGCAUUCAUUUAAAACCUGUUUCAGUGUUUGCAAACCUUGACAAAAUGUAUAUUAAAACCUAUUUUAUAAAAC